AUGGCUGCUGACGGUGCUAAUGCGUUUCGUGGUGCGCUCGGGCGGAUCGGAUGGUCUGUUCCUGCGGCAAACGCGUUUACGAACGAAGGUUUUGAUGCGAUGGACUCCCUUGGCUUGGUUACUUGUGACCGUCUCAAGGAUAUCUGCAAGAUCAUUCGUCGCGGUACCGAUGGUGUGGCCGCAGUGCCAGCUGCUGGUGGAAACGCUGCGGUGGCGGCGGCGCCUGGCAUCCCUGGGAUAGCGAUCCCCAUGAUGUGGGAGUACAAGCUAAGCGGAAUGCAUCUCUGGGUGUCUGAGCGUCUCCAACAGGGGACUCCGGUUGUUGCGGCGGACUUUACUGCGGCUAUCGGAAACCUGUACACCAGGAAGGUGCGUGAACUAGAAGAAGCGAAGGAUGAGGAGGAUGUCCAAGUCAAGCCUCCGGCUCCGUUCUCGAAGCAAACGAAGUGGAUUCCGUUCUUCAAGUUGUUGGUCAACUAUUUGAGCUCCGUGACGGGUGUUAACAAAGUGCCGUUGGAUUAUGUUGUCCGGAAAGAUGACGACGUCGCUGCACCGGAUACCGAGUUUGAGAUGGAGCACGAGAAGUUGGUCUUGUUGACUCCCCAUACGGGGACGGCGUUCGACAAAGACAACGGAAAAGUUUGGAUCCAGGCUUUGAAUUGUCACUAUGAAGGUGAUGCGGUGAUGUCCAAGUCAAAGGCGGCUGCGUUCGAUGUGCUCGAGCACACCACCUACACUGGCGAGCGUCGUCACUUCGGGAUGGAAAAGUACACAAAUGCUUUGUCAACGGCGUUCCAGACUCUUGACGAGUAUGGCGAGACAUUGACGGAGUCCAGGAAGAUGCUCUCGGGAAUUGCGGUAAUUCAAGGCGACGCGGACCGCAUGUCUAAUUUUGCAAAGGCGGCCGAUUAUUUGGCCUUGUUUACUAACACUGAUACCUCUCAGAAGACAGGUCGGUCAAUUUCAAGCGCUCAGCGGACUAGUAACAACAAGAAGAAGCCGGCCAUUCGAGCUGGCAAUUAUACUCCAAAUGAAUGGCAUCAACUUUCAGAUAAGGAAAAAGACAAAGUCCGAGCCAAGCGAGCGGCCGCGAAGCCUCUCGCAACAAGAACAAGCGCUCAGCUGCGGCAAUCACUCGUUCGAAUGUUGUCAGCCACCCUAGUUCGAGGCCUCAUGAAGCUUUCAAUUGCUGGAUUGCGGUCUAGUAAGAGAUGGACCAAAGUUUGUGGCGACCGUGGCAUUGGUCGAAUGAUUUCGGGAUCUAGAAGUUCAAGAUUUGAAGGUCAAGUAGAUCUUGACUCCCAUGCAGAUACAUGUAUUAUGGGAAAGGUGUUCCACAUAUACAGUGCAACCGGGCAGAAAUGCACGGUUAUGCCGUAUUCGGAUAAGUACAAACCAAGAGUUGUUGAGGUUGCAGAUGGAUGUACUGCAUUUGAUGACCCGGUCACCGGUGAGACGUUCAUUUUGGAUGUGUUCCAGGCAUUGGACAUGACGGGUGACUUGCAGGACCCUUCAUUGUUGUGCCCGAACCAAUUGCGUGCGAAUGGUUUAAUUGUGGACAAUGUUCCCAAACAUUUGUGUCACAACCGCGAAUCAACUCACUCUAUUUAUAUUCCUGAGAUGAAAUUGCGUAUUUCUUUGGAAUUGCAGGGAGUUAUGUCAGGGUUCCAGGCACGGUUGCCUACCCAGACGGAGAUUGAGACUUGCGUUCAUGUCAAACUCACUGCACAGGAAGCGUGGGAUCCUAGUUCUGACGAGCUAGAACAACAAGAGCGUUUGAAGGAGACUCGGUUGUCUAACGUAGCUGGCACCGUGUCUACGUUAUUUUCGGGUCGAAAAUCAGAGAUCUCAGCAGUCUUAUCGUCCGUCAGCUCUAUGCUUGUGGAUGAUGACUUUGUUUGUGGAAUGGAACAGUCUGUUCGGAUCACAUUGGCUGUGGCUAGUAGUACUGUGUGUACCAAGUCGCGGCACUCAACGAUGGAACCGAUGGAACUAUCUUGUCGUUGGGGCAUCGGCCUCUCGACGGCACAGAAAACUUUGAAAACCAUGUCUGAACCACUGACCCCGUGGCAAAACCGGGCGGAAUCGGAGAUCCGGGAACUCAAGAAACAAGUGCUUUGUAUUAUGUCCCAUGAGGGUAUUCCGCAAAGAUUUUGGGAUUAUGUUGCCGAGUACGUUUCGGAGAUUCGGUCUCGGACUGCUCACCCAUUGUACAAUCUCAAAGGUAGGACACCCAUUGAGCAUGUCACCGGGGAGACCCCGGAUAUCAUGGAGUGGCUGGAGUACAGGAUGUACCAGCCUGUGUGGUACUUGGACCCUGGGGACUUCCCAGAGGAGAAGAAAUUGCUUGGCCGGUGGUUGGGUCCUGCACACAGAGUCGGACAGGCGUUCUGUUGCUGGAUCGUUCCCAAGUCGGGACGAGUGAUUGCACGGUCUACGGUGCAGCCAGUUUCAGAAGACGAGCGUGGAUUGGACAGUUUCAAGACUAGGUUGAAGGAUUUUGACAAGUCAGUCCAGGACUUCCUCAACAGGGGCGACACACAUCUGGAAAGCUGA